UUGAGCCUGCGAACAGCCCUAUUUACAAAGGCCACCCUAAGCACCAUAACUUCAACAGCGAGCCUGUGAAGCUUUCUAGGGUUUCCAAGCGGAGAAGAGUGGAAGACGGCAAUGUUCUCGCAUCGGAGACGCCUCCCCGACGAAGACGACCUACUCCGUUCCCCCUACGGCAAGCGCCACCACCGCAGCUCUCCUUCCCCUUCUCGCCGCUCAGCCACUCCCCCCAACAAAAGUCGCCGGUCUUCCUUCUCCUCCUACCUCGAUGUCCCCAACCUACCCUCCAAGAUUCGUCUUAUAUGCGAAAUCAUCGCCUCUUCACACUCAAUUGAAUCAUCUCUCAACGAUCAGGGUAUCACCAUCACCUCCGAUGACGUCGAGGAAGUCCUCAAGCUCUCCUACUCCCACCCCGCAGCUGCCAUCAAGUUUUUCCGCUGGAGUGGCCCCCGCAUCCGUCAGCAGCUGUCCCCUUACUCAUGGAACCUUGUUGUCGACCUCCUCGGCAAGAACCUCCUCUUUGACGCCAUGUGGGACGCCGUGGCCUCCAUGAAAUCCGAAGGCCUUGUGUCCCUCGCCACCUUUGCUUCCAUCUUCUCCUCUUUUGCUGCCGCGAGCCGCCCCACUGAUGCCAUUGCCGCCUUCGAACUCCUCGUGCAUCACGGCAUUCCCCAGGAUACCACUGCGCUGAAUUCCCUCUUGUCGGCGCUUUCUCGCGAAGGUCUCACAUCAGCCGCACUUGAUACCUUCCGCCAUAUUUGGCUGAGAAUCCCUCCCGAUUCCGAUUCAUAUGCCAUUCUUCUCGAAGGCUUUGAGAAUGAGAGGAAUUCUUCUGGUGCAUACGAGGUUUUUGAUGAAAUGAUUCUUAAAUUUGGCUGGGAUCCAAGCAAUGUUCCAGCUUACGACUCUUUCCUCAAUACAGUCUUAUCCCGCGGCAGAAGCGGCCUCGAUGAAUCCCUGAGGUGGCUGGCGAAGAUGAAGAUGCAAAGAUGCUUCCCUGGCGUCAAGUUCAUCGUCAACGCCAUCGAUGCUUGUGGUAAGCUCGGCGACUCGAAGGCGGCAAUCAUGCUCUGGGAUAAUCUCGUAGGCAGAAAUGGAAUGUUACCCACCACAGAGUUAUACAAUUCGAUGAUCUCUCUCUACUGUGAUUUGAAUCAUUUGGAGGCCGCUUAUCGAUUCUUCGACGAAAUGGUGCUCUACGGCGCGUUUCCCGAUUCAACAACUUAUGAGUUGAUGCUUCGGCUUCUGAUCAAGAACAAGCGGCGCGAAGAAGUUCCCGUGUUGCUUAACGAGAUGCUGAAGAACGAGUUCGUUCCAAGCACGGCGAUUUGUGAUUCUGUGAUGUAUCUGUUCAUGGAUAUAGGGGAUUCUGAAACUGCUCUGAAGGUCGGGAAGAUUAUUAUCGAGAAGGGGAUUGCCGAUGAGCGGAUUGGGAACUCCCUGAUUCUUUAUUUGCGGGAUCAUAAUCUGCUGCCGGAAGCUUGCAAAUUUGCGGAGAAUUUGAUCGAUAAAGAGAUAAGAUUGCACUCUUCCACGCUGUCGAAGUUGAAGAGCAGCCUGCAGCAUUUGGGUAAGGGUUAUAUAUAUGAAAGCAUUCUUACAAAAUGGCAAAAGUUUUCCAGCGAGCGAAUUUUGUAGAUUUGCAGUGCUUUGAUGUUAGAGUUUUGGUAAUGCACUAUUUGCUUACCUCCAUUAAUUUAGUUAUUUAUGCUGAGAGAACUUAAUUGAGGUGCAACGUUUUAAGUUAUAUACUGCAGUUUACUUUCUUCUGAAUUU